AUGGCGGUGAAAACCUUAACGAGAGGAAUCUGCAAGUUACAAGCUGACGUUGGACCAUGUGGCCAGUAUAUCAAGAAAUGGCAUUAUAACAGUUUUAGUCAAGACUGUGAAGAGUUCACGUAUGGAGGUUGUCUUGGUAACGGUAACAUCUGUGAGAGCAAGGACCAAUGUAUGAUGUACUUUGACUCAUCUAGAUGGUAUAAUCGUGAACGUGUCACCACUGAGAGACCAGAUGAAACAAUUAAAGAAUCAAGCGGAGAAAUAGCUGUUGCAACUGAUGUUGAAAGUGUUUGUUUGAUUAGAUGUGUGUCAUAUGGAGAGUCAUACUGGACGGUGCCGUGCAUAUAUCAGAGCAGGUACUAUGACUACCUGAACGGAGAAUGUAAACAGUUUAUUUACGGAGGUUGUGAUACUAAUGGUAACAAGUUUGAUACCCAAGAGGCUUGUGAAGCCAGAUGCAGCCCUAGACAGAUAUGUCUGCAACAAAAGCAGGUUUGUAACUGUAUGGCAUCCAUGAGAAGGUUCUACUUUGACUACAGCGCCCAAGAGAGUAGGGAGUUUGUGAACGGAGGUUGCGAUGGUAACGCUAACAGUUUCGAGACCAAAGAAGCCUGUGAGAGACGUUGUGAUUCUCUAGUAACAGAUAGAAAUAUUCCAGGAAGAAAACUUUAUUAUAAUUAG